GCGUUCGGCCGCUAUCGCGUGUGCGAUGUCGGAGGUGUCGUAGAGCAUGUCAGUUAAUAAUUAUUAUUGUGUUUAUUCAAUAUUUUUAUAGUGUUUUAACCCGCGUAAAUUCGUCCGUUAUCGUUAUUACUCUUGACUCUUCUCGGAUUUGUUCAGUUUUAUACCUUCCGUCUACGUUUUUAAACCUCUGCGACCUUUACCUAUACUACUGAUUAAUACUCGUGGGAAAAUCCCGAAGAACAUUUAACCACCGACCGCGUGUKGAAACUCUGGUGGUUAAACAUGGAUACCAUCAAGGAUUGUGUUGAUUACUUUAAAGACCCGGAACUGGUCGCCCGUUUUCAAAGGUAUUUCGGAGUGAUGCGUUAUGACUCUUCGGAUAACGGUGUUACCGUUCCAUCACUGGACAAUGAGUCUAAGACUAGCAAUGGCAAUGYGAUGCGCAAGUUAAAUGAUGUCAAUCACGCCAUCACCAACAAGUUUUGGUAUUAUUUGUUUUUGUUUGGCACAUACCUUGGUGACGAAAUAGGAUACGCCGUCAUCAUACCAUUUUUGAUAUGGAACAUAGACUCAGCCGUUGCUAGGAAAAUGGUUCUUGUCUGGGCGGCCGUUAUGUACAUUGGGCAGUCCAUUAAAGACAUAGUACAGUGGCCAAGACCAGAAUGUCCUCCAGUCAUUAGACUGCAAACUAAAUGGUCUAUUGAAUAUGGGAUGCCUUCAACCCAUGCUAUGAUUAGUAUUGCAUUGCCAUUUUCUGUUUUAUACUACAUUUCAAAUCGAUAUCAAAUUGACUUUACCAUUGGUAUCAUAGUGGUGUUUCUAUGGUGUAUGUUAAUUUCGCUUAGUCGUUUGUAUUUGGGCAUGCAUACAGUAUUGGACGUGAUUGCUGGCUUGCUAUUAGCUACUAUUUUGUUGAUUCCAUUUGUACCAUUGGCUGAUGUUCUAGACCGUUAUCUUAUGUAUAAUGAAUGGACACCAUUGAUAUUUAUUGUUGUUACUGUGAGCUUAAUAAUCAUUUACCCAACUAGUGAUCAGUGGACGCCUACCAAGUAA